GAAUAUCUGAAGGGUCUCAAAGUAAUUAAGCCGCAGUUUAAAACCCCCUACCCGAGGCCCAAACACAAACCCUGUAAACCAAGCAACGCGAUUCUGUCUCCCCCACCGUUCUAUCUUUGCGAGAGAUUGGGAAAUUGUUUCUAGGCAACCUGACUUCCAUCUGCAAUGGUGGCACGGAUUGCUGCAAGAUACUUAUCUCGUCGAUUGUCGAGCAGUGGUAAAAUUCUUAGUGAGGAGGAAAGGGCUGCAGAAAAUGUAUAUAUUAAGAAAACUGAACAAGAGAAGUUGGAGAAGCUUGCUCGCAAGGGGCCUAAACCAGAGGAAAAACCGGCAACAAGCUCAGGAGGGCCAGCAUCUGAUGUUAAGGCCAGUGAGACGACCUCUUCGACAUCUGGAGUUUCCACCGAUAAGUACAGAAACUAUGCAGUUGUAGCUGGUGUGGUGACUGGCUUCGGUGCACUGGGAUGGUGGUACCUUGGUUCAAGCAAGAAGACUGAAGAAGUGCAGGACUGAUGUUAGCCUGCUUGGAUAUCAGUCUAGUGGCUAGUGGUACCAGAAAUGAUUACUUUCAAAUAUGGGUUUAGACUAAAAAUAAAGUUAAAAUGAUCCCCUUUUCUGUUUCGGCCCUGUUGCCUCCAUAUCGUUGAUGAACGCACUCUCCCGAAUGAGUCGAGUUGUUUCCUAUUUCAUCCACUUACAAUAUCAAUGCUUGAUGGAUAAAAACUUGUCAAUUUCUUCA